AGGAGGAGGAAAUGACAACGACGGAAGAUGUUUGCUGCACUGUUUGUGGAUUGGUUCCCCCAACGGAGCUUUAAAAAACAGUGUGAAAUCUUUCACUUUCUUCCCUGUGUGUGUGCCAGCCUCUUGCCGACAGAGGUGGGAGAAGUGGCAAGUUCUCAGCCCAUGCGCAGCCCCACCAUGCUUUUGCUCUGGGGCUACUGGGCUGGGAUCUGCCUGCUGCUGCUUUGCAGGGGCUGCCGGCUGGAGGAGGCUGCCAGUGGUGUGAAGGAAGCAGUGAAGUCUGAAAGCUUUAUUGCAGCAGCCCUCGGUGGAGAGGCUAACAUCUAUUGCAACUUCUCACUCUCCCUGGAUGUCUUGCAAGUCACUUGGCAGAAGAGAAAUGGGUCUUCUUUCCAGAACGUAGCCACCUACAGUAAAACCUAUGGGCUGCGGCUGAUAGGGUCAUUUCAGAAGAAGGCACGUUUCACUACAGCAGCCCUGAAAGCCUCAGCCAUCACACUCCAAAAUCUCACUUUUGAGGAUGAGUCCUGCUACAGAUGCAUCUUCAAUACGUUCAAUGAUGGCUUUUACAGUAAAGAUACAUGCCUCAACAUUCAGACAAUUUCUGAGCUAACAGUGGAAUUUGAGUCCUACCCGGCCACCAAGGAUCUUCUCACUGCAGUCUGCUCAGCAACAGGAAAGCCUGCUCCCAAUAUCACCUGGCUGAUUGACGAAGACCUCUAUGAGUCCCCUGAGAUACACUACAUCCAAAAUCCAAAUGGAACAGUAACAGUGGCAAACAGAUGCACCUUCUCUGCUAGCCACCUCCACAAUUUGGCUUGCCUCCUUGACCACCCACAGGGAAGGAAAGUGAAGACAUUAACAGGAAAAAAAGGUAAACGGAAGAGCAUAGCCAUUGCGGUGCCUUUCAUAGGUGUGAUCUUCACAGUAUUGAUACUUUUCAUCAUCAGUCAUAUCUACAGAAAGAGGAAAAAUCUGAAGAGACCCAGAGCACCCAGCACACCUGCAAGGGAGAAAGGUUUAGAGCAGGAUGUAAGUGAGGAAGCUGCAAACCUGCGCACACAAAAGGACCAGUGCACUGCUUACCAAAAUGAGGAACUGACACCAGGAUCUUGGCUUCGCAGAAGGCUACCACAUGAAAAGAGAAACCUGGAAGAGACCCCAAGGUCCAGCCUCUCACUUACAGAGGAAGCAGAGAGCCCGGACACGCGUCAGAGGGAAAUUGCUGAGGUGUGCAAUAAGGAGCUGGGCUGCAUGCCCAUGGCUGAGCACAGAGAAGCAACAGCAGAUGGGGAGCCCGAAUCAGGCCCUGACACUGCUGCUUCCCAGCCCAGCACCGGAGAGCCAUCAGCCCAUCAAAGCCCCAUCUCCACAAGCCCAGAGACACAAUGAGGCCUGCGGGCUAUUGUGGAACCCAAGCUGAGGAUGCAGGGGAAAGGACAAUCUGCAUGGGCCCUUCCAGGUGUGCCCCCAGGGGACUCUCAGCCCCAGUGUCCAGGCACGAAACCCAUCACAGAAUCACAGAAUUUCUAGGUUGGAAGAGACCUCAAGAUCAUAGAGUCCAACCUCUAACCUAACACUAACAGUCCCCACUAAACCAUAUCCCUAAGCUCUACAUCUAAACGUCUUUUAA